UUGAAGUCUGAAGGCAUAGAUGAUUUUUCUCAUACAAAACCUGUGAGCUAGACUAUCGCUGAUCACGCCUCUGAGCAGGCGUACGAUCAUAUGUAUUCCACCCAAAUAUUCGUCAAUAACUACCGGAAACUACCUAGGAUCCACAUUUUCUAGAAAAUAAGUUUAGUAGGUUUUAAAGCAAUAAAUUUUUAAUUCAAUGGCGAACAGUCAAGGGUCUAAGAGGUUUAUGCUGAGGGUUUAUGUCCGCGUAGUUUGAAUCCGGGUCAUGAAGGGCGCUGCUUAACUGUUUCGUCAUGGGCAGCACUGAUACAAAGGCAAUCCAGCCAAGUGGAAUGGCGAUGGAAGAGGAGAAAGAUGAAAAACAGGCAAACGAGUGCUGUCAGAAGUUGAAAGAUAAGCUGCGCAAGGCGGAAAGUGGUAGACAGAAACUCCGUGAAGCCAUAAAUAUCCUGGAGAAGGCAGUUCGGAAGGGUCAAGAAGAAAUAGGUAUUUUGAAAAAAGAAUGUGAAAAUGAACAAAAACGAGCAGAUGAUGCAAGCAGAAGGGCAGGAGAGGAGGAGAGAGAGAGACUGGAACUUGAGAAAGAGCAUAAUUCCUUGAAGUCGGAAUUUGCUUCUGUUUCACAACGCUUAAAUGAUAUUGAGAGCAAAAGCAAAAUUGACGAGAACAGGAAAGACGAACAUGCAAAGAUAAUGAAAGCCAAUACUGAUGAAAUAAAGAAACUACAAGAACUUCUAGAAAAAGAGCAACAAACAUUACAAUUUGAGAAGAAAAGGUUAGAGGGAAUGAAGAAGCAGGUAAAUGCAGAAAAGAAAAAGGCUGAGGAUGAAAAGAAACAUGCAGAUAUAGCCAGAAAGAAGGCAGAGGAAGAGAGAAAGUGUGCAGGAGUAGAAAGAAAAAAGUUUGAGGAAGAGAAGAAACGGGCAGAUGCAGAGAGGAAGAGGGCAGAAGAUGAGAAGACAAGGAGAGAAACGCUAGAAAAGAAUUUCCAACAGUUAGAAUUGGAGAAGAUUAGUGCAGAGAAGGUGAGAAGAUGCAAUGAAGAAAAAACAAAUGCAGCAGAUUUGCUGCAAAAUGCAGUAAAGAAGUCAAAGGAAGAAAAGAUACUGAAGGAGCAAUUGAAGAAGGAACAGCGACAAUUGAAGGGUGAAAGGAAAAGGGGUGAAAAACAGAAAAAACAAAUAGAGUUAUUAGAGAAAGAGUGCUCUAUGUUGAAGGAGCAGUUGGAAAAGAAACAGCAUUGCUUAAAUACUGAAUUGAAAAGAGCUGAAGAAGGAAAAAAACAAAGGCAGACAAUAGAGGGAGAAUAUUCUGUUUUGAAGGAGGAGAUGGGAUCUGCUUUAGCAAGAAACUCAGAUAGGAAGAACUUGAAGAGGGAAAAAUUAUUAGACGAACUUCUGAAAAAAGAACAACAAGAAUUGAAUUCUGAAAGGAAAAGAGCUGAGGAACAGAAAAGACAAAUAGAGGCAUUAGAGAAAGGACAUUUUCUGUUAAAGCAACAGUUUGAGAUGUCUGAAAUGAAAAGAGCUGAAGAAGAUAAAAGACAGAGAGAGGCAUUGGAGAGGGAAUGCUCUGUCUUAAAAGAGGAAUUGGCUAACAUCCUUGGAUGUUUGAAGUCUCAUGAUGGCCAACUUAAGGAUACAAGAAGAGAGCUUCAACAAUUGCAGAUGGAGGUUCAUCCGGUUGAUGGUUCGUCAAUUAGCAAAAGGGCUUUUCCUAAGAGUAAAAUGGUAGCCAAAGCUACAGCUAUAGAGUCUAACAGAAGUGCAAGUUUUCUGAUUGAGGAUGAUAUCCAAAGGAAUGGUGGUUUGAACAGAAGGAGCAUGCUGAAAUGCUCUCUGGAUGCUGGACUAUCUGUAUCUGGAGGAAAUUUUACUGAAACUAUUCCCAGUAUACAUUCUGCAAUGGAGCCUUCAAUAGGAGUCUGUGUUGAAAAACCAAUGCAAAGUUCUGUGGUGCAUUCCACUGUUGCAUCUUUUUCUGAUCAGCAAUUGGUGGAAUUACAGGGCAGGGGUGCAUGCGUUACUUCCAACUCAUUGAAAGGGAGGAAGCAUAAAAAGAAGCAAGAACUGGUGGUUGCGCCAGAGUCACCAGCAGUUACUGAAAAGGCAUGUACUCAUGUGCUUCCGUUGCCAGAAGGUUCUCGGAUUCACAAGCAUGUGAUGGAUGGCAAUGGGAAGAUAUAUUUUACUGGAAAACAAGGGAACACUCUUAGUGAAAUUCCAAAAUGUGCAGCUGAAACAACCAUCCAUGGUGAAAUUGAUGGAACACUAGAGGAGAAAAAAUCAUUUGGUAGAAAAAGAAAGAGUGAGCCCGAAAACAUUGCAGACUCAAUUAUGGAUCUUUUUCACAAAGAGAAGAGAAUGCAUCUUAUGAUAGAAGAGAAACUAGAAAGUUUGAGAGAGGCCUUAAGAGUUAAGCAGGAUAAAUCAGUUGAUAUUCAAUCCCUGAAGCUAAGGGCAGUCAAGUCCAAACGCAAACGGAAAAGGGACAACACAACCAAGUCAUCAAAUGAGGAAAAUGCAGACUCCAGAGAUCAUAAAACUGAUGAAUAUAAAGCAACCCAUAACGUGAAAGAGGAUUGUUCAGGAAAUUUUGGUCAACUUCAUAUGCCAAGCCAGGGAAAUGAAGUAGAAGAUGAUGAGAAUGAGAAAGAGCAGCUUGGUGUCAAAGAGAUGCUAAAGUUGAUUGAAUGUUCCCAUGGCGGAGUAGCAGAAACUAGUGUUGAAGCUAACAGCCACUUGGUUGAGAGAUCUCUAAAUGAACAAAUGGACAUUAUGGGUUCAGAAUGUACAAUUGAUUUUGACUUGAAAAGAAUGUUACAAUUAGAUAAUGAGUUUGACGAAGAACUUUAUAUUAAAGCCAAAGAGUGUCUAUUGUCGCCAACAUUGCCAGAAUUGCCUUCUCCUUGCCUUGAAGAACUGGAAGGAGGCAAAUUUUUUCCGUCUGUGGAAGAAAAUCCAUUCAAAUCAAUUGAAUUACUCCCCAUCAGAGAUUCUUGUACUAAUGUUCUUGGAAAUGAGAAUAAUGCCAGAAAAACACCUCAGUUUCAAAAAGGGUUUAGUGAGGAAUCUGUUUUACAAUCCAAACAAGAUCUGUCAUCAGUCAGUUGGCCAGAAAAAACAUCUGAUGAAAUAGAACUAUUGGAUGGCCAUUGUACGGAUUUAUUGUGUGAAGAGGCUCCAUCUGAGUUGACUGCCACAUUUAUCAGUGGAGAUUGGGGGAUUGAGGAGUUCCAGAUGAAUAAUACUAUAACUAACAAAAGCUUUUUGGCAAGUUGUGGUAACCCAAAUAAUAACUUGCCGAUUGAUGUGAUUAGGAAGGAUGAUGAAAUAGGAAACAUAAAUGAGAACAAACAUGAAUUGUGUAGGAAAGAAAUUGAUCAGCAGUAUGUAAAAUCUAAAUUUUCACAAAAUCAUGCAAGGGGUGCUGUGAAUAUAGAAAGUAGAAGGGUAAAGGACAAUAAUGAUUUUCCAAUUAGAAAAUGUACCAGAAAGUCAGACAUGGUUGAUCUUAAAUCUUUACAAUCAAGCUUUAACAAACAAAUAAAAAUAAGUUCAAUGGAAAACGGGAAAGAGUAUGGCACUGAAAGUGAUACUCGAGAUGACAAUGAUGUUGUAGGAUGUAAUAUAAAAGAGAUCAAACAAUUAAUAUUAGAUGAAGAUGAAAGACAUGGGAGCUUCACUGAAAUUGUUCCAAUGCAUCAAGUGCUUUACCAAAAAUGUGAAAAUCCAUCAUGUCAACAAGGUGCAGACGAUGAUGAGAUUGCCAGAAUUAGCAAUGAUAGCCAUGUCAAUAAUUUUUUAAUGAGAGGCAGUUGUAUCUUUUCAGUUGACAAUGCCGAUUCAAAUACCAUGCAGGCAAGAGGUGAGAAAUUGGCUUCGACACAGGGAAUUUUUGGUAGCAGCUUGACUCAAGGUAGUGUUCUCUAUGUUGAUCAAGUAAAUGAAACUGCAGUCACUUUUGAAGACAGAAAGCAAAAACGCAGCUUAGAAUCUUGUCAGGAACAGAUUAAACCUUCAAAAACAUGUGAAGAUGAAGAGAAGAGAUGUCCUUCAGUGUUUAGGAUUGUAUCUUCUAAUGAUGAAGAAAAUGUUUCCUAUAGCUUGUUUAAGAGCACUGACAGUUUGUGGGUAAUAUUUGAUGCUUCUUCUGGAGUCCCUGACUUAGAGAGACUUGUCCUCACUAUUGAUUCGGUGACGAAGCUGACAAAAGAGGAAACAGUUUCCAUUUGUGUUUCAGCAUUGGUCAGCAAGUUAGCUUCUCUCAUGGCAAAUAGUAAGGCAAGGAGAGUUUGUGAUUCAGAUCCGACAUCCUUUCUUUGGUCCAAGAACUUGAUGGAUCAGAUAAACAAAGUUUCUUCAAGUGAUGCAACAAAGGACGCCUUCUCAAAAGUUUUUGUUAUUGAUAUUCUAGUCAGUCUCUUGACAAAGUUUUUAGUAGAGGGCGAAGUCAUGGUUUACACAGAUUCUGCUGAUUAUAGUGGGACACUCAUGGAAGCAGAACAUGGACAAUUCUCAGUUUUGCGGCACAUAGCUACUAUUGCAGAAUUAGAGGCAGGGAGCUACAUAUUGGCUUCAUUUUGCCUUGCACUUGGAAACAUUAAUUGCUUGUAUGAAGUCAUGUAUAUGGUCCUCAGAUGGUGCAAGCAAGAUUCUAUCUGGCUUCUCACUGUGGUGCAUUCAAUCACUCUUCUAUGUUGGAAGCAUUGCUUGCAAUUCAGCAGAAGCAAUGUGCUUGGGAAUACAAUAUGUGCUAUUAUCCUUCUACUAGAAGGGCAUGAAAAGGGAGUUCCCCAAAGUUUACUGAAUCAUUCUGAUAUAGUAAGCUCUCAGAAACAAACACAUCCAUUGUCUAUGCAUUGUCCUUUUGCAGAAGAUGUGCCUAGCAUGGAUGCAAAUAUCUCUUUUCUGCUGGAGACCUUGAACCAAUUUCCUGUUUCAAAUAAAAAAGGUGAACAGACACCAACUAAAGUUUUGGAUUGUGAAAUAUCAGAUUUUAUAUAUAAUGUUGAAAGAAAAGUAGAAAGUCAGAAAAUGAAUUACUGUCAACAGGAUGGAUCUGCAGCAUUGAAUAAUUUACAAGAUGUGUCAAAACAUAGAGAUCAUCUCCAGAAUAAAAAGGCAGACUCUUCAUGCUAUCUAUCUGUUCUUAAUGAUACUGUUCUUGCCCUGGAGCUGGUUGCACAAUAUCUGGGAUGGGAUUGGACAUACAAUGAACUUAUUCCUCAUUUCUGGAGAAUGGCCCAACCUAAUGCACCAGACAUGUUGAUAAUGACCAUUUUUCUGCUGGUAGGCAUUAUUGGAAGGUUUGGUAUUGAUUAUAAUGGAUUUGAACAACAUGGUGUUGAAGAGCUAAGACAGAAUCUGUCGACAUUGCUUGAUCUGCACUGUAUGACAGAGGGCAGACAUAUUUUUUCAUUCUCAUGUCAGCUAGCUGCAGCCCAAUCUCUAUUUGAGCUGUUGGGAAACAUGAAAAUGCCUAGAGAAAAUCAAAUAGAAUCUGCUGAAAGAAUUGUUGGCAGGGAAGCAAUUCAUUCAACUCACUUAAAGAUUCUAAAUAAAUGGUACAGUAAUUUGAAUGCAGAACAGCAGUCUAUGUUGCCAGAAUAUAUGAGAGUAUAUAUAGGCCCUUUGAGAAAGUGAUUGCUUUUCCAGACUGUUUUGAAGAUGUUUGCGUUCCUCAUGAAAUUUAUCAAAAUAGUUACAUUAAAAGCCAUCCAUUUCUUACAACCUUGUAAUAAGUUUUGUGAAGUAUUGGGAAUUCUAUUGUUUCCAAUAUGAAAUUUUGUAGUAAAACUUUUUGAGGUCUUGUUAAUCCGGCAUCAAAUCAUGUAUAAUACUUUGUCUUCAUUCUUUCCUGUAGCGGCAAUGCUGCAGCUUCAAAUAAGUCUCCUCUAACUUGAAGGAAUGCAAGGUGUACCCAAUUUGUAUAUAUAUUUAUAUAUUUGAGGUGGAUAUGUGUUUUGAAA